AUGGCGCUGGGAGAGGAAAGGAACUCGUUUGAGGCUGCCACAAGGAUUGCCAGGGCGCGCUCGUCUCCACCAGAGGGCGCGCGCCCCCAGGCCACCUUCGCGCGCCAGGAAGGUCAGCCCCGGGGGCGCCCCCGGCGGCCAGGGCUAGAGGUGAAGGGACCAGGCGCUCCUUCCUUGGGCCCUGCUGUCCCUGUCGUUCGGGUCUCUGUACCUCCACCGGCCUCCUUCGUACCCGGGAGGCUGACAAACGUCAUCCGAUCCAAGUUUGUCUUUGAAGUUUGGGGAGGAAGAUCCAUUCAGGACAGGGUCGGCCCUGCGUCGUCGCCCCCAGCUCCUCACGGGUUAAUCCCCCUCGCCGCCCGCUUCCCGGUGCCAAAGUACCCCGACACCAUGAAGCCGCCGACCAGCGCCCGCUGCUCCGGGAGCGCCCUUCGGACCCCCGGGAGGAUCUUCCUGCCCCUCACCCUGGCUCUUUUACUGGACAUAAGUCAUGCCCAAAGGGAUCCCAUGGGCAUGGCGAGAUACGAGCCGGCGAGCCGGGACGCGAACCGGCUGCGGCGCCCUGGGGGCAGCCACCCCGCAGCGGCCUCCGCCAAGGUGUACAGCCUGUUCCGGGAGCCAGACUCACCCGUCCCGGGCCUGCCGUCCCCAGACCGGACCCAGCCGGGCUCGGGGAGCCCCCGGAGGCCGGCGGAGGCGGAGGCCCGGAGGAGAAAUGUCUGUGGGGGACAGUGCUGCCCGGGAUGGACAACUGCAAAUAGCACCAAUCACUGUAUCAAACCCGUGUGCCAGCCACCCUGCCAGAACCGGGGCUCCUGCAGCAGGCCUCAGCUCUGCAUCUGCCGCUCCGGCUUCCGGGGCCCCCGCUGCGAGGAGAUCAUUCCUGAUGAGGAGUUUGACCCCCAGAAUUCCAGACUGGCACCCCGACGCUCAGCAGAGGGGGUACCCAGCCUACGCAGGAGCAGCACCACUAGAGACAGCCUCGUGGACAGAGCACAACCGCUGACACCACAGCUGACACCAGCCCGCCAAAGUCCUGGGACCCUGAGUGGGCUCAGCCAGACACGCCCUCCCCAGCAGCACAUGGGGCUAUCUCGGACCAUCCGACGUUACCCAGCCAUUGCUGCCAAUGGCCAUCUGACUUCCAAUGCUCUGCCCACAGGACUGGGUCUUGAACAGAGAGAUGGCACUCAGCAGGCAGUACAUCUGGACAAUCGCUCAUCCCCCUGGGGACUGAACCUCACAGAGAAAAUAAAGAAGAUCAAGAUUGUCUUCACUCCUACCAUCUGUAAGCAGACCUGUGCCCAUGGGCACUGUGCCAACAGCUGUGAGCGGGGCGACACCACCACCCUGUACAGCCAGGGUGGCCAGGGCCAUGACCCCAAGUCUGGCUUCCGUAUCUAUUUCUGUCAGAUCCCUUGCCUGAAUGGAGGCCGCUGCAUCGGCCGGGAUGAGUGCUGGUGCCCUGCCAACUCUACUGGGAAGUUCUGCCACCUGCCUGCCUCACAGCAGGACAGGGAGUCUCCAGGGAGCAGAUCCCACCACAGGGCCCUACUGGAAAGCCCCCUGCAUCGGUCCACCUUCACGCUGCCUCUCUCCAAUCAGCUGGCCUCUGUGAACCCCUCCUUGGUGAAGGUGCACAUUAACCACCCACCUGAGGCAUCUGUGCAGAUCCAUCAGGUGGCACGGGUGCGAGGAGAGGCCGACAGGGCCCCAGAGGAGAACAGUGUGGAAACUAGACCCCCAUACCGACUUCCUGCCAGCACCAGCUACAGCCACUGGGACAGUAACAGCAUUCCUGCUCGGGCGGGAGAGCCUCCUCGGCCACCUCCCCCAGUGGUGCCCGGGCAUCAGGGACUCCUGGGCCGAUGUUACCUGAAUACUGUGAAUGGACAGUGUGCUGACCCUCUGCUGGAGCUAACUACACAGGAAGACUGUUGUGGCAGUGUGGGAGCCUUCUGGGGGGUGACUUCAUGUGCCCUGUGUCCUCCUAGACCAGCCUCCCCAGUAAUUGAAAAUGGCCAGCUGGAGUGUCCCCAAGGGUACAAGAGACUGAACCUCACUCACUGCCAAGAUAUCAAUGAAUGCUUGACCCUGGGCCUGUGCAAGGACUCAGAAUGCAUAAACACCAGGGGCAGCUACCUGUGCACGUGCAGACCUGGCCUCAUGCUGGACCCAUCUCGAAGCCGCUGUGUCUCUGACAAAGCUGUCUCCAUGCAUCAGGGACUAUGCUACCGGUCACUGGGGCCUGGCACCUGUACUCUGCCUUUGGCCCACCGAAUCACUAAGCAGAUAUGUUGCUGCAGUCGUGUGGGCAAAGCCUGGGGCAGCAAGUGUGAGAAAUGCCCCCCACCUGGCACAGAGGCCUUCAGAGAGAUCUGCCCUGCUGGGCAUGGCUACACCUACUCAAGCUCAGACAUCCGCCUGUCCAUGAGGAAAGCUGAGGAGGAGGAACUGGCCAGACCCUCCCGGGAGCACACACAGAAGAGCAGUGGGCCUCUGCCCAGCCCAGCUGAGAGGCAGCCACUCCGGGAAGCCAUGGACACCUGGCUUGAGGCUGACAAAGGUGACUCUCAGGCUGGCGAGGUAACAACCCACCUACCUUCCUGGGUCCCAGGGGACGCCAUCAGAAGACCCACACCACCACUGCCUGGACAGGGGAUUUCAGGAACUCAGGAAGAAGAGCAAGUGACCCCCUCCACUGAUGUGCUGGUGACUCUGGGUCCCCCAGACAUUGAUAGAUGUGCUUCUGGAGCCACCAACAUCUGUGGCCCUGGUAUCUGUGAGAGCCUCCCAGAUGGAUACAGAUGUGUCUGCAGCCCUGGCUACCAGCUGCACCCCAGCCAGGCCUUCUGCACGGAUGACAAUGAGUGUCUGAGGGACCCCUGCACAGGAAGAGGACGCUGUGUCAACAGUGUGGGCUCCUACUCCUGUAUCUGCUAUCCUGGCUAUACACUGGCCACUUCAGGGACCACGCAGGAGUGCCAAGAUAUAGAUGAGUGUGAGCAGCCAGACAUGUGCAGUGGAGGGCGAUGCAGCAACACCGAGGGCUCAUACCACUGCGAGUGUGAUCAGGGCUACAUCAUGGUCAGGAAAGGACACUGCCAAGAUAUCAAUGAAUGCCGUCACCCUGGCACCUGCCCUGAAGGGAGAUGCGUCAACUCCCCUGGCUCCUACACUUGUCUGGCCUGUGAAGAUGGCUACAGGGGCCAGAAUGGAAACUGUAUAGAUGUGAACGAGUGUCUGACCCCUGGGGUCUGUGCCCAUGGAAGGUGCAUCAACCUGGAAGGUUCCUUUAGAUGUUCUUGUGAGCUGGGCUAUGAGAUCACUCCAGAUGAGAAGGGCUGCCAAGAUGUGGAUGAAUGUGCCAGCCGGACCUCGUGUCCCACGGGCCUCUGCCUCAACACAGAAGGGUCCUUUACCUGCUCGGCCUGUGAGAGUGGGUACUGGAUAAAUGAAGAUGGCACUGCCUGUGAAGACCUGGAUGAGUGCGCCUUCCCUGGAGUCUGUCCCACAGGAGUGUGCGCUAACACCGUCGGCUCCUUCUCCUGCAAGGACUGUGACCGGGGCUACCGGCCCAGCCCCCUGAGCCACACCUGUGAAGAUGUGGACGAGUGUAAAGAUACCCUGAGCACCUGUCUGGGAGGCGAAUGCAAGAACACGCCAGGCUCCUACCAGUGCCUCUGUCCCUCAGGCUUCCGUCUGGCCAAUGGCACCAUAUGUGAGGAUGUGGAUGAGUGUGUGGGGGAGGAGUACUGUGCCCCUCAUGGAGAAUGCCUCAACAGCCACGGCUCCUUCUUCUGUCUCUGUGCACCUGGCUUCGCCAGUGCAGAGCAGGGCACCAGCUGCCAGGAUGUGGAUGAGUGUGCAGCCACAGACCCAUGUCUGGGAGGAGACUGUGUCAACACUGAGGGCUCCUUCAACUGUAUGUGUCAGACUGGCUUCCAGCUCUCCCCAGAAAGUGGGGAGUGUGUCGAUAUUGAUGAGUGUGGGGACUACAGAAACCCAGUGUGUGGGGCCUGGCAGUGUGAGAACAGCCCUGGCUCCUAUCGCUGUGUUCUGAGCUGCCAACCUGGCUUUUACAUGGCCCCAACUGGAGACUGCAUUGACAUAGACGAAUGUGCCAACGACACUGUGUGUGGGAGCCACGGCUUCUGUGACAACACGGAUGGCUCCUUCCGCUGCCUCUGUGAUCAGGGCUUUGAGACAUCACCAUCAGGCUUGGUCUGUGUUGAUGUGAACGAGUGUGAGCUCAUGCUGGCUGUGUGUGGGGCUGCGCUCUGUGAGAAUGUGGAGGGCUCCUUCCUGUGCCUCUGCACCAGUGACCUAGAGGAGUAUGACGCACAAGAGGGGCACUGUCGUCCUCGGGGUGCUGGAGCUCAGAGCAUCCCUGAGGCCCCAACAGGAGACCACAUGCCAGGCCCCAUCCGCAUGGAAUGCUAUUCUGGGCACAAUGGCGAUCCACCCUGCUCCAGCAUCCUGGGCCAGAACUCCACGCAAGCUGAGUGCUGCUGCACUCAGGGUGCCAGGUGGGGAGAUGCCUGUGAUCUUUGCCCAUCUGAGGACUCAGUUGAAUUCAGUGAACUCUGCCCCAGUGGUAAAGGCUACAUUCCUGUGGAAGGAGCUUGGACAUUUGGACAGACCAUGUAUACAGAUGCCGAUGAGUGUGUGCUGUUUGGGCCUGCUCUCUGCCAGAAUGGCCGGUGCCUCAACACAGUGCCUGGCUACAUCUGCCUGUGUAAUCCUGGUUACCACUACGAUGCCUCCCAUAGACAGUGCCAGGAUCACAAUGAGUGUCAGGACAUGGCCUGUGAGAACGGUGAGUGCAUGAAUACAGAGGGUUCCUUCCACUGCUUCUGUAGUCCGCCCCUCACUCUGGACCUCAGUGGACAGCGCUGUGUGAACACCACCAGCAGCACAGAGGACCUCCCAGACCAUGACAUCCACAUGGACAUCUGCUGGAAGCAAGUCACCAAUGAUGUGUGCAGCCAGCCCCUGCGUGGGCACCGUACCACCUACACAGAAUGCUGUUGCCAGGAUGGCGAGGCCUGGAGCCAGCAGUGUGCCUUGUGCCCCCCCAGGAGCUCCGAGGUCUAUGCUCAGCUGUGCAACGUGGCCCGGAUUGAGGCAGAGCGGGAGGCUGGGGUCCACUUCCGGCCAGGUUAUGAGUAUGGCCCCAGCCCAGAUGACCUGCACUACAGCCUGUAUGGCCAGGAAGGAGCCCCCUUCUACAACUACCUGGGCCCUGAGGACACUGCUGCUGAGCCCCCUUUCCCCAACAUAGUCAGCCAGCUGGGGGACACCACACCGGUCCUUGAGUCUCCUCUGCAGCCCUCUGAGCUCCAGCCCUACUAUAUGGCCAGUCAUCCAGAGUUGCCCGUUGCAUUUGAAGGGCUUCAGGCAGAGGAGUGUGGCAUCCUGAAUGGCUGUGAGAAUGGCCGCUGUGUGCGCGUACAAGAAGGCUACACCUGCGACUGCUUUGAGGGCUUUCAGCUAGAUGCGGCCCACAUGGCAUGUGUGGAUGUGAAUGAAUGUGAUGACCUGAACGGGCCUGCUGCACUCUGUGCCCAUGGUCACUGUGAGAAUACAGAGGGCUCCUACCGCUGCCAUUGCUCCCCAGGUUAUGUGGCUGAGGCAGGCCCUCCACAUUGUGCUGCCAAGGAGUAGUUUGAGGGGUCUGUGUGGGAAGCUACCUGGAAAUGGCCUCCAGCUACAGGCAGGGGCUUGAGAGCACUUUCCUCCCUGGGAAGACACCAUGAUGACAUCAGGCCUGGGCACUGCAGCCAAGCUCCAUCAGCUUUGCGUGCUUUCACCUCUGGCUGUGAGCUUCCUCACUGCCUCCAUGCCCUUGCUUGGCUCAGACACCACCAAAUGCUUUAAUGCUUCAGCCACUGGCCACGAGGCCCAGCCCACCACCUGUCCUGGCCUUACUGUGAGAUGCUUAUCAAAGGCAGCCAUAUCCAUCCCUCAGGCUGUGCACAUAUGCACAGUGUGAAGCUGUGGCCUCACACUGCAGACACCCCUUUCCAGCCAUGAUCCAUGAUGAUUCUACAACCAGGACAGGGGCCACAUGCCCCCUAGCAUGAGCCUUCAGAAUCUGUGGAGCAAGGAGUUUGGGAGAAUUUGCGGGGUGACUCCAAUGCUGCCUCUCAGAACUAUCAUUGCUGCCCAAGCAAUACAGCAUGGGCUGUGAUUUUGUCAUGUCUCCAUCCUGUAGCCACUUCUGUGGCUCCUAAUGAGGGACAGAAGAGCCCCUCAUCUCAGAAAAGCAAGACUGAUAUUGGCUUGCUGAAUGUAAUAGACACAAAUGAAGAAGAAUAAAGGCCUGAGAAAGCAGCAAGAGGGCAAUAUAAAAAUAUGGGAAGCUGAUAUGAAAGGGGGAGACAAGGCUUUUUACAAGCUCAAAUAAAGCAUUCAGCACCUGGGUAAGUAAAUAAUCAAAAUCUGUCCAGUGAUGGCUCCUGUGCACCACCAACAGCAAGAUAAAACUGCCCAUCUUCAAAGUCCUUCUUACAGGAAACGAAUCUCUCCCAGGCUCCCUUUGUAAAAGCUAAACUGAUGUGCUAAGAAUAAAAUGGUCUGUUUUCUAGUGUGGUCUUACUCAAAGAAAGCCAGAUUUCUAAUGUGGUUCUUCUCUCUACUCAGAAGACCGUCCCCCCUUGCCUUCCCCUCCAGAAAAUGGAAGUCUAGAACCCCUCUGGCUUUCCAAGCAGAGACUCACUUCAACCCAGGCUCACUUGGAGUUCAGAAUCACAAUGGAAUAGAGAAAUGCACAUUUUUUGCUCUUCUGGCUUUUAUUUACUCUUAGACCAAAUUUCUUUACAAUGUUGGCUAAAUCUAAACAUUACAGAUGAGACUGUACCAACCCCAGCUGACCAGCUCCGCCAACAGCCUAUGACUGUAUUCAAGUGGGAAAAAGUUCUUACUAAAAGGCAAACUCUGACCUCAUUUCUCUGGUGAAUGGCAAUGUAGAAGAAGGCUACAAGUGACUGAAGAUAUGGAGAUGAACACUACUUUCUUAAUUUAAUCUGAUUUGUCCUACCUGCUGCUCUGGUUGUCAGCCAUCAUAUAACUAUUAAAUACUUCCCACAUGCCAGGAACUGUGUUGAAUGCUAUGCAUACAUUGUAUUUAAUCAUCCCAAUUUAUUUUUAUUCCCAAUUUACAAGUUAGGAGAUUUAGAUACAGAUAGCUUAAAUGAUUUGCUCUAGGUCACUAUACUAGUUGAGGUUCUUGCCAGAUAAAAAUAAAUGAU